GCCUGGAGGUAAUAUGAACAUGGUGACUGCCACAAUGGCUCUGAGAAGGAUGACCAGAAAUUCUAUUGCACAGCCGCAAGAGUUGCCGAAGCCCAGUGUUAAGUAUGAGAACACUUACAGGAUGGAACCUGAGGAGGGGACCGUUUUCCUUCCCAGCAAGGCCGAGAAACAGAUCAGCUCACUCCUGGAGGAGCACAUGAAGGAACUCACCUACGACCCAGCGACUGCCGGCCCUUUAGCCGAAACG